CCUCUCACACACACUGCACCAUGAGCGGUACCCAGGGCUAUAUAUACCCCCAGGUGUUUCUAGUGGACCGCAGUGGAGGUCCACAGCCGUCGGUCCAACCUCCAGGCCUGGUACCUUGCUGGUCCUUCCCUCCUGCCCAGGAGAGGGUAAGGGAGCAGGGCAGGGCCAGGGGCUGCAGGGGGGUUGGCUCCUGGAGCCUGGUUGUGGCUUUGCUGUUUCUGCUGCUGCUGGUGUUUGGGGCUCUGGGGCUGGGAGCCUACCAGAUACACAGGCUACAGACUCAACUGGAUGGGAUACAACAGGUUAACAUUGAGAGCCAAGGUUGUGCGCCUGAGAAGCUAGUGGGUGACCUUCCAGAGUCUGAUCCAGACACAGGGAAGAAGGCCAGCAGACCUGCAGCACACGUCAUAGGCCGUAUCGAGAAGGAUGUUUCCCAGAAUACCUUGCGUUGGGAGCCCAAGGCAGGGCGGGCCUUCACAGAGGGAGGCGUGGUCUAUCGGGAUGGUGGUCUGCAGGUCAACGAGACUGGGCUCUACCACAUCUACUCCCGGGUGCAGUUUGAGGCCAAUCACUGCACCCCUACAGAUGCCUUGGUUCACUCUGUGUUUGUGAGGAGGCCCUGGAGCUCCAAGCCUCUCACCUUGAUAGAGUCGCACAGGGAGGGCUACUGCAGCUCAGGCUCUAAUGGGCGUGUCUGGACCUCUGGGAGUUACCUGGGCUCCACAUUGCAGCUGGAGAAGCAGGACUGGGUCUAUGUGAACGUCUCCCACCCAGCCAUGCUCAGCCACACUCAUCAUGCCAACUUCUUUGGACUCCACAAGAUCUAGCAAAAAGGAUGAAAUCUGGAGUUGGUUUCAACUGAUAUUUCACUCAGAGAACCUAAACACUAAAAUGCUGGAGAAAAAAGUCGUAUUUAUUAUGAUAAAGAUCUGACACUGAUUCCAGCUGCAGGUCUGAAUGUAUGUUCAUUAGAACACAAAAAUGUCCAUGUUUGGGAUUUUAUAUACGUCAACAGGGAUCCAAUUUUUUAUAUUCUAAUAAAGGUAUUACAUUUUUUUUUUUUUAUUCAGACAGAUCUUUGUCAGAUGUGAUUGUAUAACAGGAGGAUGAUUCGUGUUCUUUUAUUGUGUUUUUGGUUUGUGUUUUUUGCUAUGUCCCUUACAUUUUGUUCUCUCAAUCUGUCACUCCAUCGCUUCAUUAACAUUUUUUUUUUAAUGUAACCUUUAUUUAACUAGGCAAGUCAGUUAAGAACAAAUUCUUAUUACAAUGACAGCCUAAAUAUUUCAUCACAGUUUGCAGACCUCCAAGUUUAUGGUUGAGCCGGUGUGGACAUGAAACUACGGUUAGGGUGGGGUUGAGAUAUGAAAAGGGCUGACUGAUUUACAGUGAUUAUACAGAACUGUGGGGAAUUGUGUUUCUAUCGCUGAGCACCUUGGAGUCUGGCCCUGAAUGACAUGAAAUGAAAUGCUUACUUUACACUAAAGUCAUUUUACCCACAAACGCAAGCAGACUUUCCCUUGUAAUUGUCAGGUUGUGCGCUACUGGUGUAGAAGUCAGGUGCAGGAGAGCAGAGAGUUGUGAUCAGGCGCACACUUUAUUUGGCAGAAGCAAACAACAGACGGACGUAACUGCGUCAAACAAACCUCCAGCCAGAGGCAAAAGUGAAAAGCGCAACAAAGUCACCAAGAUGCAAAAUGUUUAACAAUUAAACAUACUACGGGUUGAACAUGGUACCUGGAGAAAAAACAGCCUGGCGCGUCAUACAAAACACGUAACAAAAACAAUUCCACACAAAGACAUGGGGGGAACAGAGGGAA